CCUGCACCGUUAAGAAGCUCUAAGCAAAGCUGAGAAGUGGUGAAGAAUUAGGCUCUUCUUCACUACACGGACGCUUUUCUCUUCUUUCCCUGAAAAUGAAUGGAAGUCCAGCCAAAGAACCUCUUCUUUCCAGUAAAGAAGAUGAAUUGGGAUGUCUCAAGAAGACAUCUUUAUUGAUAUCAUCAGCCAGAUGGAUUAUUAAAGGUGCUAUCUUGAUCAUUUUCAUAGCCUGGGCAACAUUUAUAUUUCUGUAUCCAUUGGAAGCCGUGAGUGACUGGUCUAGGAAAUGGAGCAAUGUUACGGCAGGAUCCUUGUUUGGACAUACUGGAAGUACUUUCCUUCUGUUUGGUGUCCCUAUUCUGAUCAUUGCAUUUCUAGCCAUUGCGUACCUUAUAAUCUCUGGGGAGGAGGAAUUUCCCGAGUUCAAGAAGAAGGUUUCUAAGAUUCCACGUUUCAGCUUAUGGACAUUUCCUGUGCUUGUUGAUGGCCCUUUUGGGGUUGUAUCAGCAGCAGAGAUGAUUGGGAUCCUUCUCUUCUCUUUGUACAUCAUCUGGGCUGUUUCUGUUUUUACGAUGAGAAAUUACGACUUAUUGUCCUCGUUUGAAUCACAAGGCUUUCCAUCGAAAGAUAAGCUUGCUUUGAUGCUAGAACUCACGGGCCUUCGCUUCGGAUUAAUUGGACAAAUGUGCUUGGCAUUUCUGUUCUUGCCAGUCGCAAGGGGGUCAGUUCUUCUUCGAUAUAUCCAUAUCCCUUUCGAGCAUGCAACCAGAUACCAUGUUUGGCUAGGACACCUCACAAUGUUGCUUUUUACUCUCCAUGGCCUCUUCUAUGUAGUUGGCUGGAAGAUGCAGGGGCGUCUCGCAGAAGAACUAAGGCAAUGGAGAAAUAUAGGCAUUUCCAAUUUUCCUGGAGUUAUCAGCCUUUUAGCUGGCUUGUUAAUGUGGGUGACAUCACUUCCUGGAGUGAGGAGAUGGAAUUUUGAACUAUUUUUCUACACGCACCAACUGUAUGUGGUCUUCGUCGUCUUCUUGGCCAUGCAUGUUGGUGAUUUCCUCUUCAGCAUGGCUGCUGCUGGAAUCUUCCUUUUCAUGCUUGAUCGUUUUCUAAGGUUCUGUCAGUCGCGCAGAACAGUAGACAUACUCUCAGCCACAUGCUUUCCAUGUGGUACAGUGGAACUAGUCCUCUCAAAACCUGCAAAUCUGCAAUAUAAUGCACUCGGUUGGGUUUUUCUUCAAGUUCGUGACCUAUCCUGGCUGCAGUGGCAUCCUUUCAGCGUCUCCUCCAGUCCCUUGGAUGGUAAACAUCAUCUUGCAGUUCUUAUUAAGGUUCUUGGGGGAUGGACUAAUAAACUAAAGGAGCAUAUCUUAAGUAUUUCUAAGGAUGGACCUGAUAAGCAGCAACGCUUGCAGCCUCAGUCCAGGAUAUCUGCCUCAGUAGAAGGGCCAUAUGGGCAUGAAUCGCCAUACCACCUUACGUAUGAAAACCUCAUUUUGGUAGCAGGUGGAAUUGGAAUUUCCCCAUUCCUGGCCAUCUUAAGUGACGUCCUGCACCACAUAAAGGAGGGAAAACCAUGUCUGCCGAAAAACAUUUUGAUAGUUUGGGCUGUGAAAAAAUCAGAUGAACUUCCACUUUUUCAGACAGUUGACAUGGAGUCCAUUUGUCCAUUCUUUUCUGAAGCACUUAAUCUUGAGGUUCAGACCUAUGUUACUCGAGAAUCAGAACCUCCAUUGGAAGAGGGCGAAAUUUACGAGCCUCCCAAUUUUUGUGCCUUCCACCAUUCAAAGAAAAGUGGAAUGUCUGUUUUGGUAGGCACUGGCAGCAUCAUAUGGCCUGGGAUGUACGUCAUCGUCUCUACAAUUGGCUUAGCUGUUCUUGUUGGCUUGCUAAAUGUGUUUUACAUAAAUCCCUUUAAUAUAACUUGCUGGUGGUACAAGGGGCUUCUGCUCGUAGCUUGCAUGAUUGCAAGCGUCCUCCUAUUUGGUGGUCUUGUGAUUGUCUUAUGGCAUCUCCGGGAUAGACAAACUUCAGUAGAGGAGCAAACCAAGGAUGCUGGGAAGAUUGGCAGUGUUCAGCAGAAUGGUCAUGCAACGCAUAAAAAUGUUGGCCAGGAAAAAUAUGUUAGUUCCAUUCUCUACGGUCAAAGACCAGAUUUUGGAGAAAUUUUUGGAUCAAUUUCAGAAAGCUGGGGAAGUGUGGAUAUUGGUGUGAUUGUUUGUGGACCUUCAACUCUUCAGACAAGUGUUGCUAGGGAAUGUAGAACUAAGAAUUUGAAGAGAAGAAAGAAUGAGCCAAUAUUCCAUUUCAACAGCCACAGCUUCGACCUCUAGUCACCAUCCCGUGCAUACUGUAUAAAUUUUCUGUAGCUGUAUGAUGUAUAGGAAGAAUAAGUCCUUUCGUAGGGACUUAAUUAUUAGCUUCUUGAUUGCACAUUACGGAUAUAUAAAUAGAUGCAUGUAUGUCUGAGUAUGAAGAUUAUGUAGCUAAACUAUUACCCCUACAGGGAUUAUAAAUAGAUGCAUGUAUACUUGAGUAUGACGAUUAUGUAGCUAAACUAUUACCCCUACAGGGAUUAUAUUGUUGUUCUAAAUUAGUUCGUUUAACCAAGUUAGCA